AUGAAACCUACUUUACUAACACCCAGAAAUUUCGAAAAAUCGUAUUCUCCUUUAGGUUCUCAAACAACAAGAAGCUAUCGCAAUAAGCAAAAAAAGCUUUCCCACUUACUUUUUUCCAAAAAAAUAUUUUUUUUAAAUAUUUAUUUUUUAAUUAAAAAAACAAUUUAAAUAUGUUUUUAAUGAGAAAUUUAGAAAUUUGCUCCACAUUUUCUCCCUCAAAAUCUCAAAAUAAUACUCCACUUCUCUUUAAUAAAAAAUCUUCUCAUCAUAGCUCAGCCAGCGAACCUGGCCAGUUUUUUAAAACUGAAAUAAACCUCACAGACCGUUCUAAACAAUUUUUAGAUAAGGUUAUAAAAGAUUGCAAUAAAGUCCAAUCAAAACUUGUUAGGUGCUGAGAAGAUGUCCAAACGACCAUCUCUCGUCGGAGCCAAUCAAUAGAUUUUGAAGAGUCUAAGCCAAAAUGAAUGAGCGAGUUUCAAUAUCUUAACGCAAAGCGUAAAGCUGAAGCCAAUGCAAAGCAUUUAUCUGAGCAAGCUGACGCUGAAAAAUAUCGAAAAGUGAAAUCAAUAAUAUCUAGUCCUUUAGUAAGGACAAUAAGUCAGCCUAUUUUGCAAAGCAAAAGAGAGUAUAUAAGCAGAGAAGACUUACUCCCCCCCCCCCUCCGUGAGCGAACAAAAAAAUUUUGUUCGCUCACGGAGGGGGGUUAAUUUUUUUUUUAAAAAAAAUUUAUAUAUAAAUUUUAUAAAAAAUAUUUUUUUCGAAAUUUAAAAAAAUCCUAAUUUAAAAAAAUCCUAAUUUGCAAAAAUUGGGAAGCAAAUAUUAAUUUAAUUUGCAAAAUUUAUGUUUUAAAACGCAAUUUGUUUUAAAAUUAAACAGAAUUAGCUCUAGAUUUCAUUAUACUAAUUAUCACUUAUAUAUCAAAAUUUUUUUUCCAUUAAAUUUUUUCUAUUAAAAAAAUUUUUGUUCACUCACGGAGGGUGGGUUUUUGGUCAAAAAAUGGCGAUUUUUCUAAUGUUUUGUUCGCUCACGAAGGGGGGGGGAGUUAGUGAAUAUUGAUACAGCAAAGCUGUUGUCAAGCAAUAAGAGAGAAUUCGGAAAACAAUUCGAAAAUGAUAUAAAAUUCCCAAACUGGCUUAAAGAUAUAAAUACAAAUUCUAAGCCGAGAAAAUUUGAUAUAUGCCCUGAAGAAACUGUUUUAGCUGAUAUUAAAGCCUAUCAGCUGCAAGAAAAACAAAUAAAACCUAAAGGUGUUAAAAUUUUCCCAGUAAUGAAAGAUAUUGAGCCUAAGUUUGAUGAAGAUUUAAUUCUUGAUAAAUUUAAAAAAGCCACCCAAACCCAUAAAAGAGCAAUUGAAGAGCUUCUAAAGCUGAAGCCAAAAGAUAAAAAUCAUAUAAAUAAAAAGAAAAGAAAAAUCCUUGAGCAUAAAUUGAAAAAAUAUAAUGACGCUCUAAAAGUGAUAGAAGAUGAGCAAAAAUGUGGGGAAAAUAGACCAAGAAGUGUAGCGAAAAUUGAUAUACCAUUAUUAGAAAUAAGACCAAUCUGAGUUAUUUAUAAAGAUGGCUUUUAUUUAUUGUAAAUUAUAUAUGACAUUCCAACGAAGAGUAACAGAUAUGCCUGGAUAUUUAACGACUAAAAGAAACUCUCAAGAAGAUGAAGAGUUAUUAAACAUUAUCAGACAUGAAAAAAUUGACGUAAAAACAAUGACUAAACUCCCCCCUUCCGUGAGUGAACAAAAAAAAUUUUGUUCACUCACGGAGGGGGUUUAAUUUUUUUUUGAAAUUUAAAAAAAUACUAAUUCGCAAAAAUUGGAAAGCAAAUAUUAAUUUAAUUUAUAAAAUUUAUGUUUUAAAAAGCAAUUUGUUUUAAAAUUAAACAGAAUUAGCUCUAGAUUUCAUUAUGCUCAUUAUCACUUAUAUAUCAAAAUUUUUUUUCCAUAAAAAAAUUUUUUCUUUUAAAAAAAUUUUUUGUUCACUCACGGAGGGUGGGUUUUUGGGCAAAAAAUAGCGAUUUUUCCAAUGGUUUUGUUUACUCGCGGAGGGAGGGGGGGAGUAAGAUACAGAAAAUUAUUAAUGAAAGAGAGCAUAAAAAACUGAUUAAAUUGGUUUAA